AAACUAACGACAGUGCGCUUCUCGCCUUGGCCCCGCCUCCCAGGGAAAACCAACCAAUGAGAGUGCGCUUCUUUCCAGCUAGGUCUCGGCAGGAAUGAGAGGAAGGGAAAAGUAAGAGAAUGAGAGGAUGCCAUGAGACGCUGAGAAGCGAGAAGACUGCUCCGGUGGACUUUCCAACCUUUCUAUGCAGAUGUUCCUGCUCUCUGGUUACUCUGCCCUUUUCUUUAGUGCUGUGUCCUGGAGCUCAGCUGAAUAGCUUGUAUAUAGACACCACUUCCAAUGGCAUCAGAGUAUCAGAAUAAGGAAGAAGAGGAUCCCUAUGAGCUAGUGAUAGCUCCUUUCCAAUGGGGGACGUUCCUGUCUGCAGUUAAGGAUCAGAUCCCCUCAAUGGACUCAGAUAUAUUCGUAUCUGAUGGUGAAGACGACGAGGAGCUUUUCAUCUUCCAGCGAGAUCAAUCCAACCUGAUUCCUGACUUGUCAGAGGAACUGGAAGACCUUCCUCUGGAAGAAACACACUUGCAGAACACCUUUGCAUUUAUGAGGCAUCCACCAGAAGUCCAGAAUGGAGAUCAAGGAGGUCCACCUUCUCAGAAAGACAACCGUGUCCCUCAUUCUGUGCCAAUGGAACAUGUAUUACUAAGCAGUGAUUGCUUUGGUCUUCUUGCGGAGGAAAGACCAAGCCAGCAAGUCCUGGCUGCUUCAGAAUUCUCCGCAAGCAAACCAAAACCUGGAGAGGAAGUUAAGAAAGAUAGAGGUUCGCUGUCUGAUCCGUCACCAUCUGUGGAAGAGGCACCUUUUCUGAUAUUAAACAGCAGCAUAAAGGAGCGAAGGAAGCUAAUAGAAACAAAAAUACUCACCAAGGUAACAUUGGGGUCCCCUUCCGGAGAUAUAGGUCAUGUGCAACCAAAAGACAGUAACAAGGAUUUUAAAAGAAUGGCAGAGACAGAAAGAGAGCCGGGAGGCAUUUCAGCUGAACACCCCAGAGAGCUGACAUUGUUUGCCUUCAAGGAGAUUGAGAAGUGGGAUCUAGACAAAGUUCUUCAGGACCUAGAGAAGCAAACCGAUCAUACAAGUUGGACAGGAGAACCUGCUUUUCCUUCGAUGUACCACGAAAACUCCAGGGCUAUGUCACAAGCAAAGCUCAUGGGAAAGCUGGAAGAGUUGUCCCUCGAGCAGUCCAGGGCAUUUUUUGCACAUCGCAGAAGGUGCCUUGCCAAGCUGCCACACUUUAGUGAGUGCCAGGGAGAUGGGAGGGUCGCCACGAAGGAGAGUCGAAGUCCGGGCCAUUAA